AAAGGAUACUCAUUACAGACCAGCAGUAGCCCUGUGCACUGACACACUCCUCCAGGCAUGAUGGAGCUCUACACAGAAGCAGUGGAAUAUCUCAGAUCCUAUAGCCUCUCACCUGUAGCAGAGGACAAAAUCGUGAAUUCUGCCUUAUUAGAGGAUGUGUUCAGUGAGGAGACAGUCUGGGUUCCUUACAACCUUCUGGAGUCUGAACCACACUUGCCAUCUUCUCCAACACCCAGUAACCCAGAUGACCUGCUUCAGAAGAGACUGGUGGUUCUGAAAGGGGUUCUAAUCAGUGAGGAGAUCUACCUGACAGAGCUAGAGACACUGCUCACGCCCAUGAAAGCUCUGAAGGCAACAGCAGGUACGUCUCAACCUGUAUUGUCCACUGAGCAGGUUCGGACAGUGUUCUAUCAAAUUCCUGAGCUUAGAGAUCUGCAUAAAGACUUCUACACCAGCUUUAGGACUAGGCUACAUCCAUUUAAAGGACUGGAUCAGGGACUCACCUUACAACAAGGCCUGGGGAUGGAGGAAGGCCUAGUGCAGCUUUACCAGGGGGACCCUCAGUUGUCUGUGGGAGACCUUUUUCUCAAGUUUGUCAACCAGUUAGGAGUGUAUCGGGGCUUCAUUGAUAACUAUGAGAAUGCGGUGAAGAUUGUGCAGAAGUGUAUGCAGUCAGACCAGCGUUUCAGGACACUUGCAGAGAGCAUGAUGUCAUCCAAAGGGUCAGAUAAUGUCAAAACUAAAUACACCUUUGAAGCUCUCCUGUAUAAACCGUUAGACAGAGUGAUGAAAACCACCCUUGUAUUGCAUGACCUCUUGAAGCACACGCCUCCCGAUCAUCCUGACAGUGUCUCACUGCAGGAAUCACUUCGUCUCUCCGGCAGCUUUCUGUCUGGGGUCAACGAAAGAUCACAGUGUAAAAGGGCUGUCAUGCUUAGCAGAGGAGAGAGACGUCAACUGAUGCGUGAUGGGUUUGUGGUGGAUGUGUGUGAGAGUGGGCACAGUCUGAGACAUCUCUUUCUGUACACAGACCUACUGCUGUGUGUCAAACUGACAAGUACAGGAAGGCAAGCACAGUACAGGUUUUGCUGGUACCUGCCAUUGGUUGGCCUGAAGCUGCAGUGGGCAGCUGAACAGCAGCAGUCAUCAGAAUGCCAAAUGAAAAUCAGCAAAACCAGAGACAAAAUGUACCAGCUCAAACAAGCACUCCAACAACACAUGAAAGGAUACAAGGGAUCAGUCUCACGUGCAGUUGAGCGUUUGAGGAGGAAGCUUGAAGAGUGUGAGCUCUGGCUCUUAACACACACGCCAUCUUUUACUUUAGAUCUACACAGCCCCAAUGGAAAGAGUCACACAAUCCGGCUUUAUUCUUUAUAUGACCUGGAUGAGUGGAAAGAGGCCAUUGAGAAACAGAGUGGAAAAAGUAAUGAAACAGUUCCUCCAGAUCUGCUGUCUGUCACUAGUUCCUGUAUCAAACUCAGAAUGACUCAACAACCUCCAAUUCACCGUGUUCAACCCAAUGAGUGUUCAAGAGAGUGUGGGAGCAUAUAUGUGAUGGUUCAUUCGGCGUGUGGUCUACAACACCUGUGUAGUGCCUACGUGUGUGUGGAAGUCGAUGGUUUUGAGUUUUAUGACAGACGAAAACAAACCUGCCUUUCAACGUUCUGUCUGACACCACAAUGGGAUGAGGAGCUAGUGUUUCAAGUGGACGGAGCUCAGCAGCUAUUCCUAGUGUUUGUAUCUCAGUCUGAGAGUGACACACAGGAUGUCAUCUUGGGCAGAGCUGUGUUUAAACUAGACUCUGACAACAUAUAUAAGAAGUGGAAGAAAAUCACUUGUACUUUGGGUCAAGUUGAAUUAAACUUGUCAAUCAAGUACUUACCACACCCUCUUGAGGCUCCUAGCUCCACCCGUCUGGUACAAGAGCCAGUGUUUGGUGUGCAGAUUGGACAAGUGACAAAGCAAGAAGGUGUGCUGGUUCCUCACAUUGUCCGUUCCUGUGUGGAGGAGGUUGAGAGGAGGGGUCUAAAUGAAGAGGGCAUCUACAGAAUCUCAGGAGCCAGUAGUGAGAUAAAAGCUCUCAAACAUGCAUUCAACACUAAUUUCCGUGAGGCAGUGAGUAAACUGAGGAGUGUCGAUGUUAAUACAGUGUCAGGCACUCUGAAGCUGUACUUUAGAGAACUUCCUUUAUCACUUAUUCCCUCUGAGCAAUUUCAAGAUCUCUCAGAUGCACUGGACAUUGCUGAUCCAAUUCUCAGGGCAAACACUAUGCAGACUUCACUGAAGGACCUACCAGAUGUAAACCGCAACACUCUUCUCUUCCUCUUACACCACCUGAGACGUGUGGCAGAGAGGCAGGAACAGAAUAAAAUGCCUUUGAGUAAUUUGGCCACAGUGUUUGGCCCCAGCCUCUUGCGCCCUCCAGUGGACCGUGUUGACAUUUCUCAAGAAGUGGAGGUUCAGGUUCAUGUGAUUUAUCACUAUCUACAGUGUCAAAACCUUCCAGAAGCUCUCCUUAUUAAACCUCUGGACAUCGAAGAGAUAGAACCAUGAGACUUAAACAGCCAUUCUCCUGUCUGUCUGCUUUUCCAAGUCUACCUAGAAUUUGAGGUCUUUAAAUCUGUAACCAUUUGUUUAUAUCUGUCAAUUUAGCACUGUCAUUUGACUGAUCAUAUUUUAUAUU